GUCAGCCGCAGCGGUGGGCGGCGCUGUGACAAACCGAGUGAGAGUGGAGGAGCUGAGAAGGAGAGCAGCUCCGGUUUGAUUUGCGGAAGUAAACACAUCAACAAAGAAAGAUGGCCGAAGUGAUAGAGCUGCAGAAACUUAAGCUUGCUGAACUGAGGCAGGAAUGCGAUGCCCGAGGUUUGGAGACCAAGGGAAACAAAGGGGAGCUCAUCGCCCGACUCCAGGCUUAUCUGGAGGAACACGAGGAAGAUGUGGAUGUAGAUGAUGUGCUUGCAGAGGAUGCAGUGGACUUCACUAAAGUUGAGAGUUCCAACGACGUAAAAGACGACAAGGAUUCUGAAGCGAUCGAGCCUGAGCCGCCUGCCGAGAAGAAGGUGGUGAAAAUAACUCCUCCAUUAUCUGCCAGCGAGAGGCUUCAGAAGAGAGCCGAACGUUUCAACCUGCCGGCUUCAUCUGAAAGCAAGAAGGCUAUACGUGCAGCAAGGUUUGGCUUACCUGCUACUUCAAGUCCCUCUCCAGGUGUUGUUGUAAACAGUAAAGCUGCGGUGAAUGUCGAUCAGCUAAAGAAGAGGGCAGAAAGAUUUGGCAUGAACGUCUCAUCUAUUUCUCAAAAGAUUGAGGAGGAUGAGAAGCUUAAGAAGAGGAAGGAGCGGUUUGGAGUCCCAACAAGCGCAGGCUCAGUUGGUGCAGACGACAUCGAGGCAAAGAAGAUGAAACGUGCGGAAAGAUUUGGAAAAGUGUAAAUAAAGUUUGAUGUAGGGUU